CCCUAUUUUCGAUAGGAAAAGCAUCCUUAGCCAGUAGCACAAGAUCCAUCAACAAUUGCAACAAUGUCCGUCGACUUCAACACCCUUUCUCAACAAUUCUGUGAUUUUUACUACAAACAAUUUGAUCAAGACAGAUCAUCAUUAGGUAAUCUCUACAGAGAUCACUCCAUGUUGACUUUUGAAUCCUCACAAGUGCAAGGUGCUAGAAGUAUCAUUGAGAAGCUCACUUCUUUGCCAUUUCAAAAGGUGCAACACAGAAUCUCUACCUUAGAUGCCCAACCUGCAUCUGAAAAUGGUGACGUCUUGGUCAUGGUCACAGGUGAAUUAUUAAUCGAUGAGGAACAGAAUGCCCAAAGAUACUCCCAAGUUUUUCACUUAAUUCCUGACAGCGGCUCAUACUACGUGUUGAACGAUAUUUUCAGAUUAAACUACGCUUAGAUGAUGUGUAGUUGACUUUGAUUUGUUAUGGCUCCAGCUCGUUGCAUUGGAUCUCGUUUGAUUCCUCCAAUUCCCGCUGCAUGUCUCUAUCCCAGUUCAAGUGCGUGGGCCCAGCCAGCUAUAUAAACAC